CUGAUACCUCGAAUUAUACCUGACUGUAUUUUACUGAUACCUCGAAUUAUACCUGACUGUAUUUUACUGAUACCAAGAAUCAUACCUGACUGUAUUUUACUGAUACCUCGAAUUAUACCUGACUGUAUUUUACUGAUACCUAGAAUUAUACCUGACACCAUUUUACUGAUACCAAGAAUCAUGCCUGAUUCUAUUUUACUGAUACCUCGAAUUAUACCUGACUGUAUUUUACUGAUACCAAGAAUUAUACCUGACUCUAUUUUACUGAUACCUCGAAUUAUACCUGACUCUAUUUUACUGAUACCAAGAAUUAUACCUGACUCUAUUUUACUGAUACCUCGAAUUAUACCUGACUGUAUUUUACUGAUACCAAGAAUCAUACUUGACUGUAUUUUACUGAUAUCUAGAAUUAUACCUGACUGUAUUUUACUGAUGCCUCGAAUUAUACCUGACUGUAUUUUACUGAUACCAAGAAUUAUACCUGACUCUAUUUUACUGAUACCUCGAAUUAUACCUGACUGUAUUUUACUGAUACCAAGAAUCAUACUU